UCUGCCCGCCCUCUGCUAACGUGCCCAUGUGGAUCCGGCUUGUUCUGCAAGCGGGAGGCCGGCAGGGGCAGUUGGCUUGAGAGGGCACCUCUGUCCGCCCCACCUGGGCCCACCAUGGCCGCAGUCCAGCCGGGCCUGUCCAGGCCUUACCUGGAGCCGCGGAUCGGGGCGAGAGCCGUCUCCGACUCCGACUCGGAUUCCGACGACCCGGUGUGCGGCGGCGCCCGCCCUGACGUUGGCGGCUCGCAGGCCCACUCCCAGGUGAUCCACAGCGGGCACUUCAUGGUGUCGUCUCCACACAGCGACGCGGGGCCCCGGCGGCGUCAUCACCGGGCCGAGCCGGAGACCCCCGUUCCUGCCAGCAUCGACCCCACCCUCACACGGCUCUUUGAGUGCAUGAGCUUGGCGUACAGUGGGAAGUUGGUGUCCCCCAAAUGGAAGAAUUUCAAGGGUUUGCACUUGCUCUGCCGGGACAAGAUCCGCCUCAACAACGCCAUUUGGAGAGCCUGGUAUAUCCAGUAUGUGGAACGCAGGAAGAGCCCCGUGUGUGGGUUUGUCACCCCCCUGGACGGGUCUGAGGCGGACGAACACCGCAAGCCGGAAGCUGUUGUGCUGGAGGGGAGCUAUUGGAAGCGCCGGAUCGAGGUGGUGAUGAAGGAAUAUCACAAAUGGCGGAUCUACUACAAGAAAAGGCUCCACAGGUUCAGCCGGGAAGGGGAGGUGCCCAGCCCCAAACCGGAGGAGGGCGCCUGGAAACUGACCAACCAUUGGUGUGACCAGCUCUUCUGCAACGUGGUCCCGAUGCUGCUGAGGGACGAGGAGGAAGAGGCGGAGGGGAGGCAGCUCUUUGACCUGGACAGCUUCCUCUCGGACAUCUCGGACACCCUCUUCACCAUGACCCAGGCCAGCUGCCCUCCGCAGCCCCCGCCGGAAGAAGCCUACGUCGGCAACGCGGACAUGAUCCAGCCAGACCUGGCUCCGCUGCAACCGAGCCUGGACGAUUUCAUGGAGAUAUCUGAUUUCUUCUCCAGCCCUCGGACGCUGCCUGCCCAGACGAGCCUGAGCUACCAGGAGCAGCCCUGCUUUGCGCCCGUGCCGGAGACCCUCUUUGGUGGCACCCUCCUUCCCAGCCCGGCUGACGGCUUGCUCCCCCCGGGCCCCUCCGGCUCCCCCGGCCUGUCCGGACCUCGCCUCCAGGUGCGCCUGCCUCGACCACGGUCUUCUUUGCCCUGCUGCCCCAUGGCAGUGGGUCUUCUCGGUGUUUCAGGCCCAUUCUCCCUCUGCCCGCCUCUCCUCCUUCCAGUCCUCAGUGUGGCCGAAAGCAGCUGGGCUCGCUUGCCCGGCUGCUGUUCAAUCGUUUCUGUCCGUUCUUCCGAGAGUUUUCCCUCCGGUGUCUUCCUCUUGCCCUUUUCUCUUUUGCAGCCCACAGGCGGUUGCUCCGCUCCGCUCGGCCCGCCCGGCCCCUUCCUCGGCCCUGACCUCCCCGCUGCCCCCUUGCCCCCUGCCCCCCACGGCCUCCUUGGCCCGGAGGUCAAGCAGAAGCCCCGGCUGCCCUACACCUUCCCCAGCAAGUGGCUGAGCUUGGACCGCUACGAGCCGUACUGCCCUGCCCCCCUGCCCAGCCCCCCCCAGCCGGGCCUGGAGCCAGGCCGUCCCCCGGCCUCUGCCCCACGCCACAAGUUCCACUACCCGCCCUCCCCGCUCUUUUCCCGGCCGGCUUCCCCGGCGCUCUCCACGCCCUGCUUCCCCCCAAACCUGCCCGGCUUCGGGGUGGACCUGCCCCCUGGAUACCACCCUCCCUUCAGUGCCCCCCAUCUGCACCCUGGCAUGGCGGCCUGCCCCGUCUUUGGCGCGGCCCGAGGGCAGCCCCAGCCUGCGAGCGACGGGCCCCGGGGGAAGGCGGCCGGCAGCAAGGCCAAGAGGGCCCCCAGGCCCAGCCCGGCUUCUCCGCUGGCCACCGGGCCAAACCCGUGUCUGACGCAGCUGCUGACCACAGCUAAACCAGAGCCCAGUGCAGAGACAUUGGUUGCCACAUCUCCAGAAUCCCUGCAAAGCGCCUUCGGCGAGGAGCCGGCCGGCUUCUUGCCCCGGAUGACUCAGCCGAGUCCUCGUCUGUCCCCCGCCUCCAGCCCUUCGCAGGCCAUCCCUGUCACCCCACCGGUGCUGCUCGUCCCCAAGGCGGAACGGCUCUCCCCCACCCCGGUCUGUGCAGCCGGUAACCGGAAGGCGUCCGGGCAGGGGUCUCCCGUCUCCCUUGAGGGCCUGGUUUCAGCUCCUCUCUACUCGUGCAGCCGGAGCAGGACCGAGCCACGCAAGGCGGAAAGCCGUCGAAUCACCCACAUCUCCGCCGAGCAGAAGCGUCGUUUCAACAUCAAGCUGGGCUUCGACACUCUGCACGGGCUGGUGAGCACGCUGAGCGCCCAGCCCAGCCUCAAGGUGAGCAAAGCCACCACCCUGCAGAAAACCUCCGAGUACAUCUGCAAGCUGCAGCAAGAACGGUCCGUCCUGCAGGAAGAGGCCCAGCGCCUCCGGGACCAGAUCGAGGAGCUCAACGCCUCCAUCAACCUGUGCCAGCAGCAGCUGCCGGCCACGGGCGUGCCCAUCACCCAGCAGCGCUUCGACCAGAUGCGGGACAUGUUUGACGAGUACGUCCGCGCCUGCACCUUGCAAAACUGGAAGUUCUGGGUUUUCAGCAUUCUCAUGCGGCCCCUCUUUGAGUCUUUCAACGGGAUGGUCUCCACAAGCAGCAUUGAAAGCCUCAGCCAGACCUCCCUCGCCUGGCUGGAUCAGUACUGCUCCCUCCCAGCACUGCGACCCACAGUCCUGAGUUCCCUCCGCCAGCUGAGUGUUUCCACUUCGAUCCUGACCAACCCGGCUGACAUCCCUGAACAGGCCACCCAGGCGGUGACCGGGGCCGGCCCCAGCAACGCCUCCUCCUAGCCCCAACGGAUGGAGUGGCCUGGAAGGACUGGCCCAGCUGGGCAAGAGCUGGCCCUUCCUCCGUCCCCCCACCCACCCCCAGAAUCUGGUACUGAGGAAGCGCAGCCUUCCACAACCUUCUCCCAGGAGUUGCCGUGCAAACCAUCUGGAGAGCGCCAGGUCGGGGAGGCGGUAGCAGCAUCUAUCCGCUGUCCCAUCUGCUUAGUGCUGAAGCUGUGAUCCCGGUGGAUUCCAACCCUCUGAGAGAAGAAGCCCUCUGGUGCCAGGCACCACCAGAACAGGGAGGAAGGAAGGGCUGUUUUGCGAAGCCAGGCACACGCCGGUGUCGACAAACUUCGCAGCCAUAUGGCAGAACCACAGUCCCAAAUACGGCAAUUGAACGUCUGCAAAAGCUUGGUUUAUUUAUUCGGUAAAGCUGUGAUCUGUCUGCUGACUACUUCUCAGUAGGUCUUCUCUCUCUCUCUCUCUUCUCUUUUUUACAGUUGUUGUCCAAAAGCACCCUUUAGCCUCUCUUUAAAGCAAAGACUCGUUCUGCAGGCCCGUGUGUGUCUUGCACUGACAUGGCCGGCCGGCUUAAGCGACAUCCAAUUCAAAAGCCUCGUGUCUGGUUUUAUAUUUUGUAUUGCUGUAAACUGCUUUGGGAGGGCUUCUGCCCUGAAAGGCGGCCAAGAAAUAUGUUAAAGAAAUGAAAUAAAUAAUGUCUGAAAAUG